GUGAAUAGUUUGCCCGGUUGGACUGCAACUAUUCACAUCUCAUCCACAGAGGGAGGGAACCAAGGGUGUGAUGGAUAUGUUUUCGCCUCUGGGGGACAUGUUUCAGGAGCAGCUUCAGAGGCAGCAGUCGAGUCACUGUGUCAGGAGACCUUGGUGGAUGAUGACAGAUCACGGACAGGGAAUGCGGGAGGUGGAUGAUUGGUUGCGUCACGCCACUUUGGCUUUGGAUUGGAUCAAGAGAGCUUCCAGAAGGUCUGUAUUUAACUGGUAGGCUAGAGCCGCACGUUGGAGCAGGUGGAAGAGUUGAUCCGAACAUAUACACCACACAAGAUCAUAACUAGUCCAAACUGUUGGGAUAUGGCCGGCAGAAAGGAAUGUUGACAAUGAAGGAGAAAGCGAGUCAGUGGAUGAGUGGAUGGAAUGCAUCUCUUCCGAGUUUGAGCCACAGCACCAGCCACAACUGACCCCGCAGCCGGGAGAGCAGCAGCAGGUGGUGGUGGAAACUGGCCAACCAAAGGCGGCCUUGAAGCGGAGGCGCCCUGGAAAGGGUACAAAAGGGCCUGCCCAUCCCGCCCAAUCUUGGGGGAAGGCCCCAAGGCCGGUUACAUUGCGACGACGACUUCCAUCACUUUUUUUUUACACAAUUACAUCACCGGUAUCUAUUUUUGCUACACAGCCUCCCAACUUUAUACAAAUAUCGAUACAAGCUGCACAAGCCCUACAUUUGUCAACAAGAGCAUAGCUUGUUGCCAGUUGAACUUCCACCCAUCCAUCAACAAGUCUACUGAUUUAGAUACCGUUGACACACCUCUGUCGUUCGGCUUGCUCGUUUUGAUAUCUCCGGCAGCGCAAAGUGGCUCGAGCGUCUCUUGCUCGGAAUUGCGACAGACCAAUCAGCAUCCUUCUAGAAGCUUGGACCACCCACCCAGCUGCACGACGCUAGGCCCUGUUUGAACUGAUAGCUCCCCACCACCUGCAGCUUCGAUUGCUGCAACUGAUUGUGAGCUUUCACAGGAGUCGCGAUCCAGGACAUAAGUUGUGGAAACUUGGCCGUCGUUUACUUCCUUCCCAACUUCACCACACAACGAACCCAUCCAUCAAUACUUGUUCCACGCGUGUCAUCGCGCGAUGGGUAGAGACAGGAAGCUUCAUUCCCGACUACCUUUCAUCGACUCACGAACAUAAAACCCACCCUUUCAGAACAAACACGCGCACGACCCCAAACAAUGGGGAAAACCAAAACAAUUCGGCUGGGUAACCGGCUGCGGUACCCCAUCACCAUCGUCCGCCUCCUCAAGAACCCCGGCGACACGGUCAAAAAGCAAGAUGCGCUUAUGGAGUACUCGUUCAAAUGGUACAAGGAAGUCGGCGACACCAUUCGCGGCGAGACGUGGGAGGAGGAACAAACCACCUACGCGGACUGGAGCUCGCCCUCGGAUGGUACCCUCAACGCCUGGAGCAUCAAGGAGGGUCAGGUCAUCAAGCAGGACGGGCCCUGCGUGCUGAUUGACGAGGACUGUUCCCACGAGAUUCAGUUCCAGGGACUUUGCGCCAUCUGCGGAAAGGACAUGACCGAGGCCAACUGGGCCGCCGAGACGCGCGACACGGAGCGGGCCCCCAUCAGCAUGGUGCACGACCAGACGAACCUCACCGUCAGCAGCACCCACGCCCAAAAAUCGGAGCGUGAGCUGCAGAAGAGAUUGCUGGAGAGCCGCAAGCUCAGUUUGGUGGUGGAUUUGGACCAGACGGUUAUUCAGGCCUGCAUUGAUCCCACGGUGGGGGAGUGGAUGAAGGACCCGACGAACCCAAAUUACGACUCGGUCAAGAAUGUCAAGACGUUUCAGCUGGAUGACGGGCCGCACGCGGUGGUGAGGAAAUGUUGGUACUACAUUAAAAUGCGCCCGGGCUUGGAGGGGUUCCUGAAGCGGAUUUCCGCCAUGUACGAGCUGCACGUCUACACCAUGGGCACUCGCGCCUACGCGCAAAACGUGGCGCGUGUUAUCGACCCGGAGAAGAAGUUGUUUGGCAACCGGGUUAUUAGUCGCGACGAAAACGGCAACAUGUACUCAAAGAGUUUGCAGCGCUUAUUCCCUGUCAGCACCAACAUGGUGGUGAUUAUUGAUGACAGAUCCGACGUUUGGCCGCAUAAUAGGCCCAACCUCGUCAAGGUCACCCCGUACGAGUUUUUCAAGGGAAUCGGCGAUAUCAACGCGAGCUUUUUGCCAAAGAGACAGGAUUUGCUCACCUCGGCGCCGUCGACGAAUGGUGUCAACAAGGCGGAGAAGCCGGCCGAUAAGAACGCCAAGGCUGUCGCGACAGGCAAGGAUACUGAUGAGGUGACAAAGGAACAGCUUGAGGAACAGCAGUCGGCGCUGGAGAAGCAGAUUAAUGAACGACCGCUACAAUUACUUCAGGAGAAGCAGGACAAGGAGGAUGAGGAGGCGGAGAAGGCUACGGGCCACUCAGAUGAUAGUGCUUCGUCUCGAUCUUCGUCGCCACCACCACAGCGACACAAGGUUCUCCUGGACGACGACAGGGAACUCGAGUUUUUGGAGAAACACCUCACGCAACUACACAAGGUUUACUAUGCUAGCUACGAUCAAAAGAAGUCGAAGCGAACCAUUGGCGAGGAUGUGCCUGAUGUAGGGAACUUGCUCAACAACCUCAAGGCCAAGGUGCUUAGAGGGCAUCAAAUCGCCUUGUCGGGUGUUUUGCCCCAAAACACCGAUAUUUACCGGUCAGAAAUCGGGCAGCAAAUCACCAGCUUUGGCGCCAGGCUUAGGUCGACAGUCAGCAAAGAAGUGACGCAUCUUGUUGUAAACACUUCUCAGCCAGGAACGGCCAAGCUCAAUGCUGCCAGGCGGUACCCUCAUAUCAAGGUUGUCGGUCUGGAGUGGCUCGCGCAGUGCUUUACUGAGUGGACAUCUGUGGAUGAGACUCCAUAUCUGUACUUCAAGGAGGAUGCUAAUAACGUCGGAGCUGCUCGCCAAGCUGAAGAGUCAUCCGAUGACAACGAUGAAGAUAUGGGGGGCAUUGAGACGGGCAAUACCGCGCCCAAGACCCCGCAGCAAAAGAGGAAUAAGCUGCAAAUACAGCUACCCCCUCGAGGUGACGACCAGGAUGACGACGACGCAGACGACGAUGAAGACGGACUGCUGCCAGAUGAGGUGGAGGAAGGACAAAUGUCGCCUAUCGACGGGCUGAAGACCUUUAACUGGGGGUCGGCCGAGGACGAAUUGGCAGAGUUCCUUGCGUCUGGAUCGGACGAUGACGAUGACGACGAGGAUAUGGACGAGGAGGACGAGGAAGACGACGAAGAUUUUGCUCCUCCCGAUGAGUCGGAGUCGUCUUCCUCGUCGGAGGAGUCGAGCGCCAGUCGGAAGAGGAGCCGGAGUCGGAGUGGCAGUCCGGCGACUCGAAAGAGGAAGUUGGAGGAUGAUGUCGGUGAUGGGGAAGAGGAUGGGAACAACGAUGACGAAGGUGAGGAGAACAGCCCUGCGAAGAGGAUGAGGAGGAUGAAGAGCGCGAGGGGGUCUUCGCUGAGGCACCAGUAUGAGGCUGCGCCUGAUUUGCCUACCCCGGCGGUGACGGGGGAUGAAGAUGGUGUUGAGGACAAGGUGGAGGAGGAGGGGCAGAACUUUACUGACCUUGACGAGGAGGCUCUGGCGGCUGAUCUUGAGGCUGAGUUUGCGGCGGAUCUGGAGGCGGAGUUUAAUUCCGCGUGA